AUGGACGAUUUUUCUCCUAGGCGAAGAGAUGUAAAACAGGAGAAUGCUUUUUCUUCUCUUAAGCGAAUGAAGACAGACCUAAACCUUUCUGAAAUUCUUGUUAUUUUUACUACAACAGUGGCGCAGAUGUCUAUUCCUGGCUUGUACGAUCCAGUCUCAAUAACACUUCGGGCCCUUCUACUCAGCGAGCUGGUUCUGUGCGGGGGCAUUGCUAUAGACAAAGACGACAUUAUAGUCGCGCGGGACACAUACAUGCCUCUUGACAGUAUACACGAUGAGGUGCACGGCAAUAUUAGAAAAGCAGUUCACCCAAAGUCUGUCAGUACAUGGUUGAAGCUGCUGAAUGGAGAGUCAUACUCAAUAAAGAAAGACAAGUACCAUGUGCGAAACACAAGAAAGCGAAUAGGCAAGUGCCUUGUUGAAAAAAAGAUACUAAAAAGAAGCAAAAGCAAGACACGUGAGUUUAUUAACCUUGUAGCAAACAGAGGCCAAGUUGUUUCAAAUGAAGAGGUGGCUUUUAAAGGAGUCAAGUCAAAGAUAAUACUUGAUCUCACUGCGUAUUUAACAGGAGAAAGCCAAUACGAAGAUCGCGACAUUUUGAAACUAGACAUUAUUGUGUGCGCUCUGGUGUUCUGCUGCUUCAUAGAUGAUUUGUACCUAACGCUCUCGCCGCGCGCAUCAGGAAUAGCUCAAAAAAAGGUUGGCGAGAUUAUAAGUAAGUACAAGUCUUUGUUUGUAGACACAGAAAGGAGCACAGAGUGGGGUAUACAUUCGAUCAUGCGUGCAUACCUUAAAAUGUCGGUCGGAAUAUAG